GCGGCCGGCCGGGGCAGGCGGCGCGGGUGCCAGCGGGCGUGGCGAGGGAGACGCCCAGGGACCCGUCGCUGGAGCUCGGGCUGCCAGAGGCUCCCACGCUGCUGCGCGUGGCCGCCUUCGGCCCCGACCCGGCCGCCCACUCCUUCGCCGCGGGCGAAGGCGGCCGCGACGAGCUCUACGAGGCGGUGCUGGAGGUGGGCUUCGAGCUGAAGCGGGCUGGCCCAGGCGGUAUCCGACCGAGGCAGGAGGCGAGCCACUUUGCGCUCGCGGUCUCGCAGGUGCUGCCGCCAGGGCCGGGCGACGGCGACCGCGAGGAGGUGUUGCGCCGCGUCUGGCAGGGAGACAUGGAGGUCUCGUCGCUGGCCGUCUGCUUCGUGCCUGGGCUCGAGCCUGACAGCCUCUACGAGUUCGAGGCCCACGCGAUCACCUCGCGGGGGUCCUCGUUGGGCAUACAGGUGCGGGCCUACACGCCGGAGCGGUGCGUGGUCGAGGCCGACCUCUCCCUGCACGGCCUGCACGGCCUCGGGGAGGACUGCGCGGAGGAGUGGGAGGCCACCGAGGCCCUCGAGCGGGAGUGGGAGCGGCUCGCGCUCCACGCGGCAGGC